GAACCAAAUGGAAUUUCAUAAAAUAAUAGUAUUUAUUGCAUUCUUGUUAUCAACCCUAAUAAUCACCGGAGUGUUUGCCGAUUGCACUUGUGAACCAGAAGAAACCAAUGGCGACAAAAGCAAAGCCCUCAGGUACAAACUGAUAGCACUUGCUUCCAUUCUCACCGCCGGCUGUAUAGGCAUUUCUCUUCCCUUCGCCGGCAAGUUUUUUCCGGCUUUACGUCCUGAGAAAGAUGGUUUCUUUCUGGUGAAAGCAUUCGCCGCCGGUGUCAUAUUGGCUACCGGUUUUAUUCAUAUACUUCCGCAUGCGUUUGAGAGCUUGACUUCACCGUGUUUGAAAAAACACCCUUGGUCGGAUUUUCCGUUCACUGGGUUUGUGGCAAUGGUAGCCACCAUUGCAACACUGUUGUUUGAGACUUCGGCGGCGGCGUACCAAGUUAGGGCUCAGACGGCUGCGGUGGCGAAAGUUGUGGGAGAUGGUGGAGAUGAAGAAGUGAAUGGUGCGCAUGUGGAUGAUGACAUGCUUGCAAGCCAUGGCCAUGUUCAUGGAUCGAUGUUGUCGACGAGUGAUGAUUCCGAAGUUAAGCGUUAUAGGAUUGUUUCUCAGGUGUUGGAGCUCGGAAUCAUCAUUCAUUCCAUAGUUAUAGGAUUAUCUUUGGGUGCUUCUAAAAACCUAAAAACCAUAAAACCGCUUCUUGCCGCGUUGUCCUUCCACCAAUUCUUUGAAGGAGUAGGUCUUGGUGGAUGCUUAUUUCAGGCAAAAAUUAAGUCAUUGGCUACCACAGUUAUGGCAGUGUGUUUUGCCCUUACGACUCCAAGUGGAAUUGUGAUGGGAAUAUUGGUAAGCAACACGUAUAACGAAAACAGUGCCACUGCUCUUAUCGUGGAAGGCGUAUUAAUGGCAGCAGCGGCCGGAAUCUUAAUCUACAUGGCACUUGUUGACCUUCUUUCACCCGAUUUUAAGAAUCAUAAGAUGCAAAACAACAAGAUCCUUCUAUUUGGUUCCUAUAUUUCUCUUCUUCUUGGUGCAGGACUUAUGUCUCUGCUAGCCAAAUGGGCAUAAACAAUGUAUAUAAUUUAUAUAACAUGGUAAUUUGGAAUAGUUAUUUCAUAUUUGAUACUUAUAUGAUG